AUACCGUCCAUCCUUCGGCCAUCUUUGGUUUGCGCCAGCGCGUUGUUCAAGCGUUUAGCUCGCUGGAGAAAUGGCGCUACGAUGGCAUUUUCCGACGUCAGAUCAUAACAUGUGGCGAAACAACUUAGAAGCUUUACCUGUGCUUUCUUAUGACACGUUCGCAAACUUGUACGCGUCGACGGCGACAUCGUCUCGCCAGCAGAGUAACGAAGUGCACACGCUGCCCUCAUCGGUGUCGACGAACGUCUGCGACUCAAGCCUCGGCAUCGUGUAUGCACGAGCCACUUGCUACGGGAACCAAAAGAAGACUGGCCCCCCCCACAAGGUCCUCAUGGCAUUUGAGCUGGACAGUGGCGCAGUUGCCGGUGCAGCCUGUGCCUGCCCCACUGGGACAAGUGGCACAUGCAACCAUAUUCUGGCUACGCUACGCCUGUUGGUCCUUUUGAAACGGAAGGGCUUCGAGGAGGCACCACCGGAGCUCUCCCGCACGGAGCUCCCUCGGCAGGGGAAGCGCCCCCGAGGUGAAGGCGCUCGGCCGAGUGUCCAAGAUACAGAGUGGGGAAGCCCUUGUGAAAGCGGCGUGCCUGUUCCCGUACCAGUUCGGUUUCUUGAUGCUCGUGCCAGGAGAGAGGAAGAGCAGCGGCAACUCGACUCCUUUCACAAGCUUGGAGAAAGUCUCAAGAGGCUGGGGAAUCACACCUUCGCCGCUGUCCUGCUAGCUGCCAAGGGGCCCUUUGUUGAAACAAAACUCGGCCUCGCUCAUGUUGGUUCGCCACUGUCGUACCAGCAGGCAAAACUGCCGUCGAGUUUCCAGAGACAAGUCUCGCCCAACAUUUCUAUGGGAAGCAGCACCCUCAGCCCAGUCCCAGAGGCGCUCCUUUCUGAUGCAGCUUCGCCACAUGCUUUUGCAGACACUUCCAACGUCGGUGAAUGAAGUGGGUUGAAGGUAAGUGUUGACUUAAGCAUAACAUUUCAACAUUCUUUCCUUUAAUUUUUGGCCACACUAACAGGCAUUCAUUUUAACACUGUUUGUUGAUCGUAGCUUCGUGACAUUGCAGCCUUAAAUAAGUGUGCAACUCUUAGAGUAGCUAUAAUAUGUAUUGUAACGUGCAACGUUGAGUCAAUAAAAGACAGCUGCUGGAAGGGCACGCAAUGACCGGUCCCCGUGGGAAGAAGAGGCAGAGUUAGUUAGAGUGGCUGGUUAAGAGCUAAGCGUCCUGCCAGCAUGGAGUGUUUUCCUUUAUUGUGGUUUUUUGCGUGCAGUCGUGAACUCACUUUGAUUCGUUACAAGUUGUGGAGGUGCUGGGUAGCAACCCAACCCGUAAGGACACCCCAAUCACAAAGCGACAACGAAAAUGCCAUCGCGAGAGGCGAACAGCGGUUUGCUGCUGGGGCGGAGACAACAACGAUGCGGCGUCGAUGGCAGCAUCGUCGAGUGACGCUCUUAAUCAACAGCUGCGUCUGACAUAAGACAGUGCUGGCCAUGGGCACCACGGCUUUGUGAUGGGUGAGCGAUGUCUCCUUGUCAUCAUGUGGCGGGCGGCCAUCAUCGGCACGGUGCUUGACGGUGACGUCUGGACGUAGCAAGAGCGGUCGCUGACUGCACAAGCAACGCAACGUCGUUCCGCAACAGCGCUGCGUGCGGUAUGCCGUCAAACCCCAGGCCUGUUUCAAAGGUGGCGGCAAGCCCUAUUGCCCUCUGUUCUGACCCAUGCCAGUAAAAAAGGACCUUGGCUACGGACAUGACGAAACAAUCUCAGAAGUUCUGGGCGAAUGGAUAUAGGCAUGCUGCUCGGGAGUCCGAUGAUCAAAGUCAUGGUGGAAAUUUACGGCCCGAAUCUUCAGUAUAACCCGCGAUGGGCACUGCCUAUAAAUCUCACCCUCUCAAAUUACUUUUGUAGAGAAAUGGUUCAGCCAUGAAUUUAAGGUGAAAAACAUCUUACCAUGAACUCCAGGAGCGCAUGCGAGGAAUUAACGGAGAACCGAGUGCAGAUUGGACCAUUGACAGUUGGGGUGGCAUGUCUGUGGGAAACGAGUGCCUGCAGAAUCUGCCACCACUGUGUGUUCAUUGAAUAAAGCCAACUGGCACGGUUCAUUGAAUAAAGCCAACUGGCACGAGCAAUCCUUGGUGAGGUGGGUUGUAGUGGCAGAGAAGUGUCGUGUGAAUCAACGAGAGCCGUCUGAAAGGCUCAGACAUUUUGUUUUUAGGUUUAUUGUGUUGUAGAUUGCGUUAAUUAUUUGGUUCCCUGUAUUCGUACAGGCAGCGUCGGUGUGCUCAAACUAAGGUGUUAAUAGUUGUAACUGGACAAUGUUCAUCCCCCCUGAGUUAAUUGUUACGACAUGUCUUGUGUAGAGGUUUUCAGUGCAGACAUUGCAAGUUUUGAGUAUACAUUGAUAUUGCAAAUUUUGACUGUAAAUAUCCUAAUGAUUGUGGUUGUAAAUUCUUGCUUGUAUGUGCAAAUUGUAAGUGUGGAAUUAGUUGAGAUGAUGCAUUUUGAACUGUGUGUGGGUUACGACUGAGUGUUUCCAAGUCUUCGUAUUUUGAUAUAAAAGUUUAAUCCAUUGAAUAUUGUGCAUGUGUAAAACUUUUGGUACAAGUCAGAGAGUUUAUACUGAGAAUGGGACCUCUUAGCUAAAAGGGGAGGAAUAUGUAACGUGCAACGUUGCCCCAAUAAAAGACAGCUGCUGGCAGGGCGUGUGACGACCGGCCCCCGGGUGAAGAUGAGACAGAAGUGGUUAGAGCGAAAACAGUGCUGGUUGAGAGCUGCGUGUCCCACCAGCGUGAUGUGUUUUCCUUUGUUGUGGCCUUUUGCGUGCUGUUGUGAACUCGCAUUGAUUCAGUAUACAGCUGUUGAGCCUUCUUUUGCAAUGAAAAAAAACUGACAUAAAGCUCAAAUGUAAAAGCAGCUGCGAUGCAUGCAAAAGGUAGAUGGACAAGGAAUGCACAAGUGCAGAAUACUUAUUAAACUGUUUCACGGCAAGAUGGGGAAAAGAUUUGCAACUGUAUUUUAUGAGAAACAGUGGGUUUUUAGAAUGUUUCAGUGCGAAGGUGGCAUCUGCUUUCCUGGCAUGCUUCAUUCCAUGCCGAACGCCGAAUGUUCACAUUCAGAUUUCUUUAGUUGGCAAUGCCCCUGCUCAGCUUUGGAUGUAUAGACUGAGGCAAUUUUGUCAUUUGUUAACAUGUGCAUCGCAUGACUGUAACAUAGGCAGUACAAGUGGGCAAUGGAAAGCGUGUAGGGAGCAACUCCAGCCCUCAGACAAAUUCUCCAUUAAACUAACAAUCAAAGAACAAACUGUUCAAGUU